CCCCACAAGUCUCCAGACUUGUUUAUAUGUAUGACUGUAGUCUGUGUAUAUAUUCUUUGAUAGUAUUUGAGUGAUAUUUGAAUUAUUGAUAUUAAAAAUUACAAAUUUAUCUCGACGAUAUUGUAUUCAUAUCUACCGUCAUGAUAUUUCUCAGUAAUAUAUUAAUAUAAAACAUUAAUGGAAUUAUCAUGUUCAUAAUAUAAUUAUUAAACAUACAUUUGUAUAGUAGAUACAUUGUAAUAUGGAUAAAAGUUUACUCAUAUAAUAAUUAUUAAAUUGUUGUUAAUUUAAAUUAAGGAGUUAAAAUUGUUUCAAUAAUUUUGAAAAGAGAGAGAAGAGCAGAAGAAAGAGGUAGAAUAAAUUAUAAUGAAGUUCACACAAUUAUUAUAUAAACAACACAUAGGUAAAGCAAUAAGAUAUUUAUGGCAACAUCAACGAGAAAGAUGUGUGCAAGUAACUAAAGCAGAAAAAAUUUUGAAAUCUAUGAAUUUUACAGUACAUGAUGCUACAGAAUUAAUAUCAGCAAAAAGAAUUGAACAUUCAACUGUUUUUAAUAAGUCAGAACCUAAUUCCAAUAGUAAAAGUUGUUUGAUAAUUGAAGAUUGGAAUGUUUUACAAGAAGGUGUACCACAAGCAUGUGUAUUAACGAAAACUCUAAAACUUGAUGAUGCAUUACCAAAGAAUAUACAAGAGCUAAUUACUGACGUUCCAGAUAAUAUAGAUAAUUUAUUAAAACGAUUUGUUUAUACAUCUGUAAUAUAUGAUGCACAGCAAGUAAAAUUACCACGAUUGAAAGAUCCUAAUCGACCUGCUUGGGUGUUUCCAAGAGUAUAUGGUAUAUCUAGUACAAGAAAAAUGCAUAAUUUAACAAAGAAGUUUUUACAACUUUGUGAAUCAUUAUGUGGAUUAAAUGAUGUACAAUACAAAUCAAUAGUUCAUGAUGGACUUGUAUCUAUGUGUAUAGGGAAAGAAAACGAUUUUAUAAAAUUUUCCUUAAAAAUGGAUAUAAUGAUGACAUCUUCGAUACCUCUAGCACCUAUAGCUGAUGUAAAUAUGGAUAACAAAUAUGCAUUUCCUAAUCUUCACCCACUACAUUGUACUGUUGGUUUAUCUAAAUUAGAUAUUGAUAACACUGAGGAUUUAUAUCCAAUUGAUACGGAAUCGCCAUUAAUGAAUGUUCACACUAUUUUUAUAAAUCACAAUCUAGAAGAAGUUAAAAAUAUAACUGAAUUGCCAGUCACUGAAGAUCAAAUUCACGCACGUUCAAUGAUGAAAUCAUUUACUGUAGCAGCAACUUGUGCCCGACAAAAGUUUGGAUUAAAUGUGAAGAAGUUACCUGAACCUAUUGUUGUGCAAUGUGUUCAGUCAGAUGGACAAAAUUUUCAUUUCUCUGUAUACCAACUUAAUACCUUAGAUGUUGAUGGCAAAGAAGGAAUCAAAAAUUUUUGGUGGUCAGAACCAUCAAUAAAAUUAUAUGAAAAAGCUCUAUAUGAAAAUGGGCAACCUUGUCUUACAGGCUACAAUCGUGAUGUUUUUAAUAGAUUUCUUGCAUUUUAUAAAAAUAAAUAAAAUAAGAUAAUUAUUGACAAUAAACUCGUACAUCUUUUUUAAGAAAA